GCCACGCUUAACCCCUAACAAAGUCCGCCUAACAAAGUCACCGCCGCAAACGUAAACAUGUAAAUGCCCGCCAUGCCACUAAAACCACUAAAACCAGCUAGCGAUUAAAGUCAGACGUCUAGAGAGGAUCGGGAGGAGGAUCAGGAGACUGAGGAGGAGGAGGAGGAGGAACUAGCCGCCGCAAAAGGAAUAAAACACUGAGAGAAACGAGAUGGCCGGGCCGCAGGUGCAGCACAGCCAGCGACCCAAUAGCGCCUACUACACGGGUCUCAAUGGAUCGAAUGGUUCUGGUGGAGGAGGCGGAUCCUCGGCUGGAUUAACUAGCAGUGCAUCGCAUACUGGCCUGCAUGCCCUGCGCCAGGUGAGCAACGAAACGGAGCUGAUCUACCGCGGCAGCCACAGCAAUGGCACCGUCAACGAGCUGCCCUCCACCGCCCAGCACCACUUGCUCACCGCCCGGGGGGCCCAGCAGAUCGGAAGGGAUCAGGGAUUGAGCCAGGGUCAUCAUCACCAGACGGUGAGCAGCAUUGCCGGCACGGGUUCGAGUGUCACGGAUGCCCUUAUAAUCGGCGGUGGAGGAGGCGGCGGAGGAAGCGGAGGAGGCGGCGGUGGAGGAGGCCCCUCUGGCAGCAGCUGCUCCACGGCGGCACUGGGUAUCAAAAAGUCCAGCACGCAGCGCAGCAUCGAGAUCAUCGUGGACGCCAGUCAGUGCGGCAAGGAGCUGGUGGCCAGUGGAUCAGGUGGCGGAGCAGCCGCCAUCGCCUCCUCCACCUUGGACAUGGAGGAUGUGGAGCAGGGCGGCGGAGGAGGCGGCCAGGAGUCCUCCUCCUCGCACCGCAAGUCGUCGCGGCAUCGCCAUCGACCGCUCCACCGGCGGCUCAUCACCUAUCUGCGGAACCUCUUCCAGGGCAGCACCACCCAGAACGAUUCCGAACUGGAGGAGUUCGAGACGCCGGCACGGUACAGGCCCGACUCGCUAAGUGCGCUGAGCCGCGCCACCCGCUUCACGGAGGACGAGAUCAAACGAAUUUACCGGGGAUUUAAGGCUGAGUGCCCGACGGGCGUCGUCAAGGAGGACACCUUCAAAGUGAUCUACUCGCAGUUCUUUCCACAGGGAGCCAAUCCAACCCUCUACGCGCACUAUGUAUUUAAUACACUGGAUCAGGAUCACAGCGGCAUUGUCAGCUUCGAGGACUUCGUUCAAGGACUCUCGAUACUGUCGCGCGGCUCCGUGGAGGAGAAGCUGCGCUGGACCUUCUCGCUGUACGACAUCAAUGGCGACGGCUUCAUUACGAGGGAGGAAAUGACUGACAUUGUAACUGCCAUAUACGAGCUGAUGGGCCGCCUGCCCGACGAGUGUCCCGAGGAGGAGAAGAUCAAGGGCAAGGUGGAGCAGAUCUUCCAGAAAAUGGACACCAAUCGCGAUGGCGUGGUCACGCUGGAGGAGUUCCUGGAGGCUUGUCGCAACGACGACGCCAUCUCCCGGUCGAUGUCCUACACGGUGCCCCGGCGGCGGCGACAGCAGCAGCAGCAGCAUCAUCAGCACCACCAGCACCAUCAGCACCACCAGCAGGAGCCAGAGAAACGUAAGUCCAACCACAAGACGAAGAACAAGCAACAGCAGAAGCAACAAGAGAAGCAACAGCAACCACAUAGCACUAGACACCAAAACUGUUGUCACAUCAUCGACAUGGAUGGCGAUAGCACCGCCAGCACCACCACCGCCUCGGCGGCCACUGGAACCACACUCAAUUUGAAUGAAGACAAUGAGCGGGAGGAUCGGGAUGGGGAGUCUGAAUCCGAUUCCGAAGAUCAGGCCUUUGUCUGCCGGCACUGCCAAAGGCCUCAGUCGCAGCAGCUGCAUCAGCAGCCAAGAUCCAAGUCCAAAUCCAAGUCAAAGUCGAGGAAGCGCAGCAAGAGCAGGAAGAGAAACCAGGGUAACCAACCCACGAGGUGGCCGGAAAUCAAUGUGGCCAACGAGCAGGCCAUCCGCUUCCGGUGUCCGCAGGUGGGGCCGCAGGUGGGUCGCGACCUUCACACCCCCCAGCCCAUGCACUUCCACCACCCCAUCCACCAGUCGCAGGGUCAGAGUCAAAGCCAGAGGGCCAAGAACAAGUCGCGGCAUCCGCGGAAGGCUCGAUCCUCGCCAGCGGCAGCCCAACAACCACCUGUCGCAGCAGCAGCAGAACCCCUGCCACCUUUGCCACCCCUCAACGUGAUCGUGCCAGCGGAAGGGGAGGGGGAGGCGGAGGGUGAGCAACCCACCACCCCCGACUCCCCGUCGCUGGUCACCGUGAGCACCUGGUACACGGUGGCCAAGCAGGGUGUCUCCUGCUAAUCGCUAAUCGCUGAGCAGUGAGUAUCCUUGCCAGCACCACCCAACCAACCACCCAACCACAUUGCACCACACUCAAAAAAAAAGAAA